UCAAUUAGAGGCAGAUUGUUAGUGAAGUUGUUUGGUCAGAAACUAGUCAAGCAGUUAGCAGAACCAUUAAAUCAGAUAAUGGGGGGAAACCCUUCCACUGCGACUGCUCUGAGUUUGUGCCAAAUAAUGUGAACUUUUUAUUUCAACUACCCUGGGUCUGUACUAAUCUUUCUGAGCAGAGUAGGAUUUCAUGGACCACUGAAAUUAGCCCAAACACAGGGACCAAACAGCGAGAGGAACAAAAUAAAGCAGAGAUUAUUAAAAAAAAAAAAGCUUGUGAUUUGGCAGCAUUACUUAAAUUGAUACAGAGUAGGGAACCACAUAAUAUCUUUCUGCUUUUCUGGAUCAUACAUGCACAGACAAUAAUGCUCCUGUAAGGAUAUUUUUCUAUAUGCAAGUUCCUUGUACAUAGCCUGGGAGUGUCAAGAAUUUAGAAAACUACCAAAAAUGGAUGGGUGACACAUUGCUAUCUAGAUUCAUGGCCUAUAAACAGGGAUAGAAAGAAGAUACAAAUCUAUAUGAUCAGCAUUAUGUGGGGAGAGCCCAGUUACUCAGCCAUUGUAUUUUAUAUUUAAACAUAUCCAGUAGGAGGAUUCAUGGAGCUCCAUGAAACAUUUUCAGAAAAACUUCACUGGCCUGAGCAAGAGCUCUCUAAAAAGUCAAUCUUAAAUCCAGAAGAACAUAAGCUGAUCAUUAAGAAUGAAAGCAGUCUUCAGCACCUGUCCUCUGGAAUCCUUAAGGAUAUUUUCACAACAGGAACCAGUAGCUACAAUGUCCUUCUGCAAAGCAAAGAGGAGAAAAAACACCACUCUCAAAAGCUGUCAUCUGCCCACCACAAGAGGCACAGAAAGUCCACCAAGUCUUCUACUACCUCGCGAAGCAACGAGCACCGCAAGAUCAAAGUCCCACUGCCUUUGCUCAGCAGUGGCUGGUAUUGCACGAACAGGCAGCCAUCCAUCUUUAUCGCUAGCCCAGUGUCUAGCAGUGUAAAGUUUACACACAGUAUUUCUGUUGCAGGGAACAGCAUAGGACUGCCACCUAGACCCAAAAGCAAGGCUAAGAGACAUUAUUUUUCUAGUCUAACAAAGCCAAAGCAGCCUCAAUUGUCAAAAAGCCAUGGUAAAGAGGUAGAUGUCUCUGGCCGAAAACUCUGUAUACUAACUGCCAUCAAGCCUUCCAAUGUGGAAAAAGAGAAGAUUAAAUUCUUCAAGUCUGAUUUUACCUAUAAUCCUCAAUUUGAAUAUGCAAAUCCUGCAUUGCCAAAUGUGUUAGCUAAGCACAGCCAAGCAUCCAACAAGUUUCUUAAACAGUCUGUCAGUAUUAUGGAACGGACAUUGCAGAAAUAUGGAAGCUAUGAAAAGUUUGAGCAGGCUACAGGAGGCAGCCUGCUACCAAAAAGUCGCAUUUGGAAUCAUGUCAGGAAAUACAUGGUGAAAGAAGGCUGCCUUGGUGAGAUUGUAGUUCAUCUCACUGAGGACCUGCUUUCUCGUGCCUCAAUGACAGUGGUGAAUGGCCGCCCAACUCUGACUAUCAAUGUUUCCACUGCACGUGAGCACUGGCUAGAAGGGAUGCUGAGGCAUGAAAUAGGAACUCAUUAUUUUCGAGGUAUUAACAACAACAGCCAGCCUUGGUGCAAUUGGAAUGGACGUAAAAAGCUUGGGUUAAAGCCAAUCAACCCUACCGAGGAAGGCCUGGCGAGUAUUCACAGUGUCCUGUUCCGAAAAGACCCCUUUCUAUGGAGGGCUGCCCUUCUCUACUACACUGUCUAUCAAGCUAGCCAAAUGUCCUUCAGUCAACUCUUCCAGGAUGUGGGGAGAUUUGUCAAGGACCCCAACACUAGGUGGGAUUACUGUGUACGAGCCAAGAGGGGGUGGACUGAUACGUCCCAGCCAGGCUGCUUCAGUAAGGAUCAGGUAUACUUGGAUGGCAUCCUCCAAAUCCUAAGAUACAGGGAGUCUAUCGAUUUCCACUUGCUGAUGGCUCUUGGAAAGGUCUCUUACGAGGAUGUGGAUCGCUUGAAGGAAUUUGCGGUGAUCGAGAACAUGAGAGUACCACACUUCUUGCAGGACCAUAUCAGAUACAUGGAACAUUUGGAAAAGAUCAUGGAGGUGAAUGAGCUGACUGACCAAGAGCUCCAGGAUCUCAUAGUGUAACAGUCAGUCUUUUUUACCAGAAAUCUGUUCUGUAUGCAGCCGGUUAUACAGAACUGGACUUCACCACAGCCUGCAAAACUAGAAUGAAUCAAUUUUGGUUUUGUUUUCUGGCAAAAAUCUAGACUAUUUAGAUUUGUUAAAUUUUUUUUUU